CUCUACGCGGGCGGCCGCACUCGGAGGCGCGGACCGGCGGCGGCGCGAGCAGACGGGAGCGCGGCCGCUCGCAGCCUGGGGAAGUGAUUGCUCAAAGGUGGGGGCCGGAAGAGCCCAGGUUUCCGUGUCUCCCGCCCCCCCGCAGCCUGGUGGGAGGGGCCGGGGCGGGACACCGUGUCCGCCCCAGCCCCGUUGAAUCUGGCAGCCACUCAGCCUGGCGAGCUUUAGGGGAGGCGCUGCGCCCCUGGCCCCAGCCGAUCGAGGACUCCUGGCGCCGGCCUCCCCCCAGACGCCGCAGGAGUCCCUCCUGCCGUCUGACUUGAGUCCCUGCUGCUGCAGUGCACGCCCCUUCGGCAGCCAGGGUGGGGCCCAGAUCGAACCUGGCCCCUCCCGACCCCACCCCGCCUUUGGGUCGCUGGAGAGAAAGGAGGCAGCCCAGGGCACCCAUGGGUACCCUGGGGACGUGAGUAUCCUGAAUCAGGUCCAAGGAUAGGCGACCAGGUCCAGGGCCUGCAACUGGGAAAACAGGCUGGCUCCCACCUCUGCAUCAAACGGCCCUCAUCACCCGGGUCCCACACCGGGACAGGUCCCAUGCUCCAAUUCAGAGCUGGCUGGAGGUGGCAGCCAAGGAAGAAACUUGACCCCUAAAGGAAAGCCCAGCUGUGGAGCUGCUUUCUGUCUUCCCCUUCUGCUUGCUGGGAGCCUGUGGGACCCACGAUCUCAAAGGAAGCCAGGCAGGGAUCCUGCACCUGCUCCCAGACUUGGGUCAGGGAAGUGGCCUCUGCAUGCUGGGCCCAGAGGCGCUUCGGUGCCCCCAGUGUACCUCCACUGCAGAAGGCACAACCCACCACCACCACGCCCCCUUCACAGAGACUGCGAGGCUCCAGCUGGGGAGCAGGGCGCCCUCACUGGCAGCCACCCCCGCUUCCCUGCCUGGCGCACCCUAAGACCCCCAGGCUGUGGUGAGGGUCCCGGAGCUGGCACCACGGAGCCUGGGCAAUCUCCUCCACCCACCCAUGCCCACCCCGCAUGAGGCUGAGAAGCAGCACACAGGGCCAGAGGAGGCGGACCAGCCCCCUUCGAUGUCCAGCCAUGGUGCAGCCCCUGCGGCGGCCCCUGGCCGCAGUCCUUGCUGCCUUUGCUGGUGCUGCUGCUGCAGCUGCUCCUGGAACCAGGAGCGGCAGCGAGCGUGGCAGGCCUCCCGAGAGAGCAAGCUGCAGCCGCUCCCCAGCUGUGAGGCAUGCACCGCACCGAGCCCUGAGGAGGUGCAGAGCUGGGCUCAGUCCUUCGACAAGCUGAUGCACAGCCCAGCGGGCCGCAGUGUGUUCCGGGCAUUCCUGCGCACGGAAUACAGCGAGGAGAACAUGCUCUUCUGGCUGGCCUGUGAGGAGCUGAAGGCCGAGGCCAGCCAGCACGUGGUGGAUGAGAAGGCGCGGCUCAUCUACGAGGACUACGUGUCCAUCCUGUCCCCCAAGGAGGUGAGCCUGGACUCCCGUGUGCGGGAGGGCAUCAACAAGAAGAUGCAGGAGCCAUCCGCGCACACGUUCGAUGAUGCCCAGCUGCAGAUCUACACGCUCAUGCACCGGGACUCCUACCCCCGCUUCCUCAGCUCCCCCACCUACCGCUCCCUACUGCUCCAGGGGGCCUCGCAGUCCUCCGAGGCAUAGGCCAGGCCUGCAGCACAGAUACUCGACCCCCCAUGGGCAGGCUCUGGGUCACCUCCAGGUGUGUGUGUCAGUGCACCUUCAGGCACACGCCUGCAGGCCCCCACCCCUGGACAUCAGGCCAGACCCCAUGGGAAGUGCUGUGUCCCCUGGUUCUUCCCUCACAUGGCCCGGUGGGAACUCCAGGUGCAGGACGGCCAGAAGGAAGCCUCUCACCUGGCCAGCCCAGUGCUCCAGUGCUGCAGAGUGGACUCCUGCACAGAAAGAAAAGGCCCUCCCAGGAGGCUCUGCAACUGUAUGCCUUGCAGGCCUCUUCGGCGGGCAGCCGGUGCCCGAGGAGACCGUCCUACCUGAGCUGACGGCACCCCAGAGUCAGACCCAGAGCCUCAGAACUAGAUAUGGGACCUCAGAGCCAGGCUCAAGAUGAUAUAAGACCCAAUCUCUGUUUUAUAAGUUCAUGAACUUUAAACCUGGAAACAUGUCUUUACUGUGUUUUAUCCAAAAAAAGGAAAAAAAAAGUUUUCAUAUUUAUCUCCGUUUCUCCCU